UAAGGGGCUGUCAUCAAAAUGGACAUGCCCUUUGGGGAGAUCUUCGAGUAUACGUAUGGAGACGCUUCGGAAGACUUUUUAAUGGACUCCUUCCCCCAGUUCUCCCAACUCCCUCCGGAGCUACGAAUCAUGAUUUGGGAGGCUGCCGUGCCCCGUCGAGCUCUCUCGCUCAUCCUCGAUAACGACGAGGAACUGCCCGUGCUACCUCCGCCGGCUAUCGCUCACGUAUGUCGCGAGUCGCGAAAAGUCUUCCUUAAACACUACUGCGAAGAGCCGUAUAUAGCUCUCGGUUGGUUCAACCACAAGACGGAUAUUUUCAUCUGGCAACCUCAACCAGACAUCCUCUUCAAAUUGCACUGGAUCUUCCGCCGCGACAACUUCUUCCAGAACCUAACCAGCCUCACGCUCUGCGAUCCCUGUCCAUUCGACUGGGUCGAAGACCUUCCCUCUUCCUCCCCCUCCUCCUCCUCCUCCCCUCCCCCCUCCUCGCCCUGGGACCCAAUCCAAGCCUACUCCUCCUGGCGCCUAAGCGCCGACCAAGACCCGACAGGAAUGCGCUUCAUAUUCCGGUUCCUCCAAACCGAGCCCUGCGCGCUGCGCACCCUCAACAUCUUCAACCACAACAGUCGCUCGCGCGACUCCUUCACCCUGCAAACCAGCCUGCUGUCACCGCAGAUCGCAACACUAUUCGGAACCGACUCGGCGCUGCUCGUCGACCACACUAACGCAGACGAAGUGGCGCGCGUAGCCCAGGUCCUGGAGACGGAUGAAUGGGACACGACGCGCGCGUGCGCUCUGGGGCUGACAAGGCUCGGCAAGGAGCUUAGUCCGACGCAGAGAAAGGCGCAUUGGGAUGGGCUGAGGUUCGAUUACAAGAUCGCCUGGCUGCAGGAGGUGUACCAGCAGGACCGGGUGCGCGGCUUGCCGGACGAUCCGCCGGAUGUGGUGGGUUGGGACGCGGAGAGCAAUAGGUUGCUUAUGAAUUGGGAUGAGGAGGAUCCCGUGGUCAAGAAGUGCCUUGCGAAGAUGCCGGAGAUAAGAUUCGUUUAUGUUAUUUUGACGGAGGAUUAGGGGAGUGGUGGUGAAGGUGGUGGUGGUGGUGGUGAAGGGCUGGGUUACACGUGCUAGGAGGGAAACGGAGUUGAGUUGAAUUUGAAUCUUCAAAUUCACUCGUGUUGGAAAGGAGGGAAAAAAGGAAAAGGGAAAAGGGUUAUGGGAUGGAGUUAUGGAGUUGGGAUUUGGGUUGCCGUAUAAAGCUGACGGCAAUGGACCGACGACGAACGAUGGGGAUGGAUGUCUAGUGACAUCGUUGAGGAUUUCCUACGCCGUCAUUAGGGUCACGGUUCUCAUUUUCGCUACGAUACUCUACUCUUUACCUCGGUCAUAGUAGACUGGCCGGGAUAACUAUACGAUCCCCAGGGCCAGUUGAAGGUUAUAUCCAGCAAGGUCUGAUCGUCGAUGGUUCUCUUCGAAUAAUUUGCGAGGGUUAUCUCGAUUCUACUAUAAUUCUCGUUAGCUCAACUAUAUCGAGGAAUUACUUCGCUGGAAUAAGAUAUGAAUUCAUGAGACUGUCUUCGAAUUUCAA